UGGUCUCUCCGUCAAAUUAGAAGAAGCUGGCAGGAAGCCAGGAAAUCACCAAAAGAAGAGAAAAACAAUUACAAGAAUAAGCAGAUGUGUUGUGUCUCUACCCCCGUUGUGUCCUUUAUUAGAGUUGGAAAUGGCUUCUCUACUUCCAAAUCUCAGAUCAUGAACUGUCUCCUCAGUAAACGUAAACAUGACAUUUUUUUUCACCGACAUUGCAGAGGGAGUAGCAAAGACUGUCUCUUGAUGGGGGGUGUGGUGGAAGUCUGCUGGUUCUGUCCUGGGGGGGAAGAUGAAGAAAGAUUUGACAACUGCUUGACCUUCACCAAUCUUCAUGGAGACGCAAAGGAACAUGAGAAGCAACUCAUCUUCCUGCAGGAGGUCUCUUCUCUCAUUGUUGUCCUCAUGUCUACUUCAGAUGACAAUAAAGAAAACCGAAAAAUUGUCCGUGAAUUGAGUCAGUCAUCAAGGCCUCUGAUCUGUUUGCUUGAUGACAAAGAAAAAACCAUGGCCAAUACCUCUAAACAGAAAGCAUUCAUUGGGAUCAGGAACAGAAAUGAGGCAGAAUUAACAGAGGAGCUCGCUACUACAAUCACACGUUUGCUAGAGCUCUCAGACGCUGUUCUGAGCAUAGAGGACUGUUCCCACAUUGCUCGCAAGCAAGGAUUCUUUAUUGAUGAAGACAAGAGAGAGUGCAAGGAAGCCAAAGAAAAGGCAGAGAUCCUAAUGGCCCUUCUGAAAGAAACGAACAUAUCUCAGGUGAAAGAAAACUUACUACCCCUCCAGGGACAACUGUGGCAUCUUUGGUGCAAAAAGGACAAAGAACUCUAUCACCUGAGAGAAAAGGGGAAUCGGAGCAUUGAACAACACAAAUGUGAGAUUGAGACAGAAAAACAGAGAAUACGACAUGAACAGUUGAACAGAGCCUUUCCUCUCAAUGAUUUAAUGCGCUCUGUUCUUGAAAUUCUCCAAACACAUUCAGAAACUCACACCACACUCUACUUUUUGCAAUGGCUGAGUAUGUUUUUAGACAAACUGACUGCAGGACACUUGGAAAAACUGAAUGAAAAGCAAAAGAUUUUGUGGUCACUGAUACAAACAGAAAAGCAAAAGGCACCAAAUAGCAACAACCUGAAAGUUCGGCAAAAUGAGGUAGAAGCUAUCGCCACAGAGAUUAGUGACUGUUCCUUGGGAAUUGAGCAACUUCUCAGAGAAAUUGGCCAGAUCUAUGAAGCUCUGGAAGAGGCUUCGUCCACAAAAGAUAUGCUUUUUCUCUCCCUUCCCCAGAUUGCUGCAGAUCUAAUGAUAUCUGGUGUGCCCAUUGAGCUGAUGGAUGGGGACGCUUCAUAUGUGCCUCUAAAGUGGGUGACAGCUCUUUUUGACAAGCUCUCUGAGAAACUUGGAAACAAACGGCUGUUUGUUCUUUCCAUUCUUGGCCUGCAGAGCUCAGGGAAGUCCACCCUGCUGAAUGCACUUUUUGGGCUGCAGUUCACUGUCAGUGCUGGGAGGUGUACCCGGGGGGCCUACAUGCAGCUCCUGAAGGUGGAGGAGACAUUCUCAGAGGAACUUGGCUUUGACUUUGUGCUUAUUGUGGACACAGAAGGACUUCGGGCCCCAGAACUGAGCAACAAAUCUAAGAAUCGUGACAAUGAGUUGGCAACGUUUGUUAUUGGACUUGCAAACUUGACUCUGAUCAAUAUUUUUGGGGAAAAUCCAUCAGAAAUGCAAGAUAUUCUCCAAAUAGUUGUCCAAGCCUUUUUGAGGAUGAAACAAGUAAAAAUCUCCCCAAGUUGCCUCUUUGUCCAUNCCGGCAGCCAGUCCAUGGACACAGCAAAGUCCACCGCUGAUGAGCCCCUUCUCAGAGGCAAAAAAAGGCAGGAUCUCCAAGAGAUGCUGAGAGAAGUAGGACUGGCAGUUGAGUACUGGUUGCCCAAGCUGCAGGAACAUCUGAGUGUGACCAGUGUCCAGGCCCUACAACACCUAGAAGACAAAGACCUCCAGCAGCUGAAAUCCCAGGCACAGUAUCCCUGGGAGAAAAGGGCCCUGGAGAAGCUGCUUCACCUGUCACACUCAAAUAGCCUUUCAGAGUUCCAGGAAUCUCAGGUGGAAAUGAUAAAGAAACAGCAACAGAAGGCAGAGCACGUGCUACAGGAGCUAAAAAAUUUGCUGUCAGAAGGCAGACAACAACACGAAGAGGCAGUGAGGAAAAAAGAGACAGAGCUGAGGCAGGUGAUGGAAAUCCCAGAAGAAUACUGGCCACCCCUUGAAAAGUGCCUAAGAGAGGUCAUGGAAAACAUGCAGAGACAACUCAACCUCACGGAGGGGACACUGUCUCACAGGCAAAACCUCCCAGAUAGAGAUCUGGUGAGAUGGGCAUCUGGAGGGCUGGCCCUGCAGGGAAUUUACAAAACCAGCUACCAAAGAGACCUUAUAGAGAAGAGGCAGGAGCUACUCAGUGUCCCUAAGGAGUUCUCACUCUAUGGCCCUGAGCAGGGCACACGAAUGGAAACACAGGAAUUUACAUCUUCUCAUGCAGAAGCUAUGUUCACCCAGGCAAUAGAGAAGCUGGGCUUCAGCGUAACUGCUUCAGCCAAGGGUGGAGGUUGGGGAUUUAGCUUGGAAACUGGUAUGGAUCACAGCGAACAUUCAGAAUCCAAGGAAACCCAUCAAUCACAUUCUGAACAGUCUUAUUUCUGUUCUACCAAGUUCAGUUAUGUCCCACUCGCCUCCUGCCACUUUCCCAUUGAUCAGCUCCAGUUCUCCAAGGCUGCUCUCCAGGAAUUGAAAUGCUUUGAAGAUCUCCUGGAUCAGCCCGCAGGCCUAGACAGACCCCCCUUGCUAAGACACAGGGCUGAAGCUUUCUUCCACAGGUUUGGCUCUCAUGCUAACCAGGGCCCUUUGCACCUGGGAGGAAUCUACUGGUGGAAAGCUAUUUCAGAGGGUUUCCAAAGUGAGCAGCUGGCAGAAGUGAAACAGCAGUCAGCAGAGUCCCUGAAUAGUUACAUAAGGGGCAGCUACAGUGGUUUUGGAGUGAAAGUAGCUGCAGGUGUGGAUGUGUCAGACUCUCAAUCAAACACGUCCUCCCAAAGCACAACAUGCCAAAAUCUCCAAACCAAAGUCCAACUAUCUGUGGCCCACACAGGUGGCCCACCAGAAGCAAAUAGCUUUUUCCAGUGGAAAGUUGGCCUAGUUGCCAGUAAUCAAACCUGGUGUGUCAUUGACCGGGGACUUCAGCUGGUGCCCAUUUGGGACAUCAUCCUCUCCAACCACAGAAGGGAUUUUAAGAAUCCUCUUCAGGUAGCUACCUUGCUGAAAGACAGCUACACUGCUCUGAAUAGCCUCCCUGCACAGAUCCAAUAUGGAGAAGAAUUAUUGAGUGUUGGGAAGGAGGCUAGGGUUUUCCUAGAGGAUGUGAAUUCCUGGGAGCAAGAACAGUGCUCAGAUGUAUCCCGCUUUAGUGAUGUCAUUAACUUUGAUGUCAAUACUCAUGUCUACUACUUCGCUCACCUCUGGGAUGGCAAUCCCCCAAUGGCCCCUCCCAAUCCUCGCUACAGUCACAACGUCCAGGAACUGAAAACUAGAAUUCUUAUGACUGCCAAACAGCAAUCCAGGGGGAGCAUCAUGAAGAUAUCGGAUGUAAAAUCAAGAGUUCAAGAUUUAUGGAGAGCCCUGGUGAAUGAGAACUUUAUUUUCAGUUUCAGGAACACCCGAGAGGUCAUGGCCAUGAGCAAAUUGGAAACCAUGUAUAACAGCUGGACCUGGGAGCUGAGGAGUCAUGUGCUAGGCCUGCAGAACCAGCUGAUCAACCAGAUUCAAAAUGGAAAAAUCCAGACCCUCAGAACAAGCACAGUUGAGGCUCCAGUAGCUGAAAAAUAUGAAGCCAUCAAGCAAGAACUUGAAAAAUAUUUUAAUGAAGAUUCAGAGAGUGAAAUAUUGAUUCAGUGGAAAGCAAAUUUUGAAAAUAAGCUACUGAUCCUUAAAGAGGCUCUUAUUUUAGACAGCGAAAGAAAAGUCGAAGGACUUAUUAAUUAUAAAAAGGGUCAGGAAAGGCUGGAUAAUGAAAAGGCACGUUAUGAAAAGGAAUUAUUGGAAAAAAGCAGAAAAUUGGCUUCAGAGGUAAAGGACAAGGAAUUUAGUGAGGAAGAGUUAUUUAAAAAAUUCAAUCAACUUUGGGAAAAAUGGGUCUACGCUGUAUCCUCAACUCUCCCUCCAGUCACAGAUCCUGACAUUGAUGUGGAUUCUGAAAGCAUCCUUUUGGAGUAUUUUAAAAAGGAGAAAGGCAUGGUUUACAUACUGAAGAAAAAGUCUGGAAAACCAUUUCAAGUCAAUUAUGAUGAACAUAUCAAAAUGAGCAAGAAAUUACUCUUCUUUACAAAGCAUUUAGAGGAAUAUGACAAAGAGUCCAUAAUGAGAACCACUGAGCAUGUUACUUCAAGAUUUACUGAAACUAUGAAAAAUCUUCAGAGGCAACAACAUGAUUACAAUCCGAGUUAUUUCCAUGAAAUCCUGAGAAUAAUAGAAGAGGGGAUAAAAUCUGCUUCCUCUGAGGAAAGAUACACAUUUACAAGUAAAUAUAAAAUUGACUUAUCUUUGUGUUUAUUCCAAAGAGCAGCAGAGCAUUUUAAGGAGAUGCAUAGGGUAUUCCCUGCAUUCAAUGGAAACAGAACUAACCUGGAGAAACACAUUCUCAUCUCUCUGGCAGAAAAAGAAAAUUUCAAUGAUUACUGGGAGUACCUUCAUAAUUCAGAAUCAUUUUUUAAGAAUUAUAUUCAAAUCCAUAUAAAAAGGUAUUGUUCAGACAAAAGAAGUGAAACAAUGAAAACUUUUUUAGAACUAUGUUUAGGUGACAUCAAGAAUGCCAUCCUCUCAGCUAUUCAUGAAUCCACUGUAAUAGCUAAAGAUAAAAGCAGCACUGUUUCUGGGUGGCUGGAUUUGUUCUGUGAUCACCUGGGAAGUAACUUGAUCUUUCCACGAAAUGACUUGCUAAGCAUUGAACACCAGGAGAUAAAAGAUAUUGAGUUUCUCAAAGAAACUAUGACUAAGGCUUUGGAUCCCACAAUGAAGAUAGUAGAACAGAAGUGUUUGAGUAUGUCUGUAGAAGAUAUUGUUACUAAAAUCCAGAAAAUGCUCUCUGAACAUCUCUGUGGAUGCUGGAAACAGUGUCCCUUCUGCAGAGCAAUUUGUACAAACACAAUCCCCACACAUGACGGAGACCACAGUGUUCCCUUCCACCGUCCUCAGGCUGUCUGUGGGAUCCAAUGGCAUAAAACAGACAACUUUGUCAUUGAUUCCUGUACUAGUUUAGUAGCAAGUGAUUGUUUAUUAGUUUUGAGUGAGGACCACAAGAUCCCAUAUAAGAACUAUCGACAGGCAGGAGGGGACUAUGCCACGUGGAGCAUCACCCCAGACUCAUCCACCCAGCCCUACUGGAAAUGGUUUGUCUGUCACUUCAGAUCAAACCUAGAAGAAAAAUAUGAGCGAAAAUUUAUAGGUAGAGGUAAAAUUCCUGAUCAAUGGUUCAAAAUCACAAAGCAAGAUGUGCUUGAUGACUUGAAAAAACAAUAACACUCAAUAACCACAAGAGCAUGAGAAUGUGAACAAAAGAAUUACAUCACCUGAACAAAACUAAGAUACUUCCUUCUCACGAGAACCUCAUUAUUUCCAUUUUUCAAAUGAAAUAUCUUGAAAUAAAUCAAGUAACAAUUGCAUGA